AGGAGGCUAACAAGUUGGUAUUAUGUUUUGUGGUCAUCAUGCGGGUGCCUUGUUUGGGCCUCCGUAUUUGCACAGGUUACUGGUACGUCCUCUUCAGCUUCACGUGACGUGCUAAUGAGAAAAACACCGCCCAACGACUUUAGAAACGAGCUGCCACCAUGUCCUACUUCCUACCACACCUCCCAUCCGGCUGGCACGUCGACGAAGCCAUCAAAUCCGAAGAAGACCGCAUCGUCGUCAUCCGCUUCGGUCACGAUUGGGAUCCUCAAUGUAUGACGAUGGACGAGACCCUCUACGCCAUCGCGGAAAAAGUGCAGAACUUUGCGGUGAUCUAUUUGGUGGAUAUCACUGCUGUUCCGGAUUUCAACAAGAUGUAUGAACUGUACGAUCCGUGCACGGUCAUGUUUUUCUAUCGGAACAAACACAUCAUGAUCGAUCUGGGCACCGGUAACAAUAACAAGAUAAACUGGGCCAUGGACAACAAACAAGAGUUGAUCGACAUCAUCGAAACCGUCUACCGCGGUGCCUCCAAAGGCAGAGGUCUUGUCGUCUCGCCCAAAGAUUACUCGACGAGGUACAGGUACUAGACGGUCAGCCCACAAGUAUCUGGAGGUGUUCGAGUUAAGCAUGCCAUCACUGAGAUGGUUCGGUGUCCUCUACGACAUAUUAGCUCAAGAUAAAACCGACGACACGGAGGCGUGCAGUGUCGUGGUUGGUGUAUGUAUAGUAGUUGUCUCGAUCCUACUACAUUAAUGAAUGUGGGGAAUAUGACGCCUGGCACAAUCUGAGGUUGGAGCCUGGUGACUCACAACCCGAUCAUAAGACCAGAACAACCAAUUC